CGGGUGCUCGCGGCCGGAGCGUUCCAGUGCCUGGAGCGGGAGCGUGCGCGCGCCCGCGCCCCCUCCUCCUCCUCCUCCUCUCUCCAUUUCUCUCCUCCUCUCCCGGCCGCCAUGAUAGUGUUUGUCAGGUUCAACUCCAGCCAUGGCUUCCCAGUGGAGCUUGGGUUGGACGCCAGCAUCCUCCAGCUGAAGGAGGUGGUUGCGCAGCGACAUGGAGUUCCAGCUGACCAGCUGCGGGUGAUUUUUGCAGGGAGAGAGCUUAGCAACAACUUAACGCUGCAGAAUUGUGACCUGGUCCAGCAAAGCAUCGUUCAUAUUGUUCAGAAUCCACAGAAGAGUAGUGAUAAGGAUGAGACAGAAGAUAACCAUGCUGGAGGCAUUCUAAAAACAUUGGAAAGAGUACCUGAAAGUCUAACUCGUGUAGAUCUCAGUUCCAGCAUCCUCCCAUCACUGUCUGCAGGGUUGGCUGUUAUUCUGGAUACUAAAGAACCCAACAUUUCUCCCCCCUCUGAAAAAACAGGUGCAGCUAGUUACAACAGUUUUUAUGUUUUUUGCAAAAAUUUCUGCCAAGCUGUGCAGCCUGGGAAACUGAGGGUCCGAUGCAGUGAAUGUAAACAAGGAACACUCACUUUGGCAAGGGGCCCAUCUUGCUGGGAUGAUGUGCUGAUUCCAAACAGAAUAACUGGUGUUUGCCAGUCCCCAAAGUGCAGUGGAAACAUAGCGGAGUUUUACUUUAAAUGUGGAGCGCACCCAACAACUGACAGUGAAACAUCUGUGGCAUUGAACCUUGUUACUACAAACAGUCGCGGUAUCACAUGUAUAACAUGCACGGAUAUUAGGAGUCCCGUGCUUGUGUUCCAGUGCAUGCAUCGCCAUGUCAUUUGCCUGGACUGUUUCCAUUUGUAUUGCGUGACUAUGCUGAAUGACCGUCAGUUCAUCUGUGACCCAGAGCUUGGCUACUCCCUUCCUUGUGUAGCUGGCUGCCCAGACUCCUUGAUUAAAGAGGUUCAUCACUUCAGGAUUCUGGGAGAAGAACAGUACAACCGCUACCAGCGCUAUGGUGCAGAGGAGUGCGUGCUGCAGAUGGGCGGCCUGCUGUGUCCAACUCCCAGCUGCGGCGCGGGUCUGUUACCUGAACCAGGAGUGAGGAAAAUAGUAUGUGAGCCAGGCAAUGGAAUAGGCUGUGGGUUUGUGUUCUGCCGUGAAUGUAAAGAAGAAUACCACGAGGAUGAAUGCAGCUCUUUCUUCAGCACACAGGGAGCUGUGGCCCAGAAGGGGUAUGUAGUUGAUGAAAAUGCAGCCAUGCAAGCCCGAUGGGAAGAGGCAUCUAAAGAAACAAUCAAGAAAACAACCAAGCCAUGCCCCAACUGCCAUAUUCCAGUGGAGAAAAAUGGUCCAGUUCUGAGCUCCCCAAUAAACAUGUGGAUACAGCAGAGCAUGGCCAGUGAAGGGGCUACAGCGGUGAUUAAUUUAGAGGAAGGAGCAUGUCAUGAGAAGCUGCAAGAGUUGAGUCUGUUCAUCCUGGAGAACAGAAAGCUGAGGGGAAUCUUAGCAAUGUGCAAAAAUACCUGAUGGGAUGGUAAAGAACACAGUCAGACUCUUCUCAGUAGUUCCGAGUGAGAGGAUAAGAGGUAAUGAGCCCAAUUCCAAAUGCAAUGAUGAAAUGUAUAUGAAAAUACUUUUCACCAUGAGGGUGGUUGAAGACUGGGAUAGGCUCCCCAGACUGGUUGUGGAGUCUCCAUUCUAAGAAACGUUCAAAGCCUGACUUGGCAUGACCCUGAGCAGGCUGCUUUAGUUGACCCUGCUGUGGGCAGAAGAAAACUGAGUUGGAUCAUCUCCCAAGGUCCCUUCCCACCCCAGUGAUUCUGUGAAUUAAGGCGUGAAGGUUGAAAGGGCAGUGCUUGCUGUCUUCUCUGAUAGUGGGUACUGCAUGUUCCAGCUUCCAGACUGUCAUUUGUAAACUGCUGGCAGCCCAUUGUUUCUCAUGUAACAAUACCAUGGAUUUGUACUGAGUCAGAAGAUAAAAAGGCACCUAAAGUCCUUUAACAAAACACCUUUGUUAAUUGCAUUCUAUCAAAAUAUGUUCCAAUUUUAAAUAACAGAUUUUCAAAAGGGAAUGGUAUCUCAGCAGCAUUUACUUUAGUUGUACUCCCCAAAAAGUUGUAGUCAUGCAUAAAUGACUGAUUUUCAAACCACCACUUACAAACUAAACUUGUGCCUGCUUGUUAGUGAAAACUUUUUAACAGCUGUGAGCAAAAAAUGAUUAAUGUCCUUGAGAAGUCAAACUGACAAGACUUCCUGGGAACUGCGGUAGUCUGCCUGCUUCUCCGAAAGCACAGAAGGCCAGGAGAUCCUUGAUGGGGCUGGCUGCUGGGAGGCCAUGGUUCCUCUGGCAGUCUAGAACUGGCUGGGACAGGUGUACAAGUGUUCUCGUAGAAUCAUGCUUGCAGAAGGCGUUCUGGGGAUGAUCAUCAUGCAGAACAGCCUUGUCUCAUCUGUAGUCAGGUGGCCUUCAGGCCAUGCUGAAAAAUCCAGUACAGUGAACUGGGAUAACCUGCUGCCAGCAUGGAUGCUGCCCAUCUGUUGCUGAGUGCCUGAGUGGCUCUAAAAUUCCCUGAGCUCCUGCUUCUUCCCUGUGCCUUCCCACCUCAGUGGCCCCGUGAAUUAAGGCACAAAGCGUGAAAAGUGUAGUGCCUCCUUUCUUCUCUGGUAAAGAGUACUGCACGUUCCAGCUUCUGGGCUGACUGAAAGGAACACUUUGCAUCUCCCUGAGUACAGCUGGUGUCAAGAGGCUGGUGAUUGUGUACUGAAAUCUGCCAGCAGUCCUCUUUUGGGAGGUGCGCACUCACUCCACACAAGAGAGUAAUUCUGCCUUCCCUCCCCAAAGGUUUUUGUGGACAUUUUUUUUUCAAGGGACAGUGGCAAUGCUGUAUAUUUUUAUGCCCAUAACUUUUCUGCAUGAGCCUGUAUUUCUACAGGCAUUGUAGAAUCCUUCUAAAUGCCAAUAACUUUUCUGUAGAGCCAACAUGAAAGAGCAAAGCACUGUCCCACAGCUCUGUUGCCAGUCUGAGUGAGUUGAAAUACAUAUCUGUGUCUCUCAGAGGCCUGCUGUUCUCACAGAGCUGUGGGCCACAUUGCUUGAGGCACUCUGGCUGCUGAUCUCAGUGCCUGUAUAGCAGAGAACUUGAUUGAUGUAGCUUAGCAGGUAGAGCACAUCCUUGACACAGAGUGCCUAUUGGACUCUGGUUCCUGCAUCACGAUUGAGAUCCAUUUCAUCCAGUGAUGGCUUAAUAUGAAUUGUAAGAGAGGAUUGGGUCUAAACUUUAAGUGAAACGUGUUUUGAAGGCUGGCCAUCAGUACACUUUGAUUUAAAUAAGAUAAAAAUGUCUGAUGAACUGCAUCUCUUACAUAAAUACGAAAUCUUUGGUGUGUUGAAUAGACCUUGCCAUCAUAGCUAGUUUUCUCCCUCUGUCAAAUGAAGCAGAUUGGCCUAUUUUAACAGAUCAGUUCUUGUCCCUGUUGUUUUUACCUUCUGGAGUGGCAUUUAUAGGAAAGGUUGUAUAAGGGUAGCAGGUCGUACAGUAGGAAACACACACUCCUUGUACAUCCUAUCACCAUCUAGAGUCAAACUGAGAUGACAUUUCAGCACUUCUUACUGCAUGGUUUUCAUUCUGUUUGAAUUAUACAAGAGAUUUCUGUGUGUGGUGAGUAACAUAAUUUCCAUUUGAAGUACAUUUUUGUAAUGACCUUUGACAAUGUUAAUGUUUUAUAUAUUACAAACUAAACAUAUCAUCAAGGAUGUGAGCAGAGAGAUUAAAGCUGCUCUCACAGUAUGGGCAAGUAAGAAACCCAACACAAAGGAAACAUGGAUGUGAUCAAAAGGCUGCUUCAGAUAUUAAGAAGGUCAAGUCAACUUAAAUUACUAAUGCCAUUUUUAUAGAAUCAGCAGUCAGUCAGCAAAAUCUGUCUCCUGAUUUACUGUCUGCAAAUCCCUCCAAUGUUGAAUCCAAAUUUUAAAACCUAAUAAUUUAGUUCAGCUUCUGGCUCACAACUCUACUAGCGUAGACUACCCUGGAGCAGACACCUCCAUGAGCGCUUUUAGAGCCUGCCAUUGCUGUUCCGUGUCCCUUGCACAGCCCCUCCAAAUGUCAGACAGUACAGCAGUUCCUACUCCUGCAGUCCCUCAAACAACACCAGCACAUUGCACCCCAAUAGAAGAAGGAGUAAUGAGAUUUAGAAAGCCGAGGAGAAGUCUUCAGGUUUGUAUUUCUCUUUUACUAAAUAUUUUACUUGGUUAGUAAUUGAAGGCCAACAGAAGUUGAUUUUAAAACUUUUAAUAGUUGAUUAAUGUCUGUGAGUGCUUGCCAAGUACCAAAGC